CCCCGCCGCCUGGCCUCUCUCACCACCGCCGUCUCUCCUUCCCCAGCAGCCGUGCCUGGACCAUGUUGGUGGAGACCGCGAGCGGCCCCACGCAGGACCAGGUGGAGAUCCUGGAGUACAACUUCAACAAGGUCAACAAGCACCCGGACUCCACCACGCUGCUGCUCAUCGCGGCCGAGGCCAGCCUUUCCGAGGAGGAGACGCAGAAAUGGUUUAAGCAGCACCUGGCCCAGUGGCGGAAGUCGGAAGGCCUACCCUCAGAAAGCAGAUCCGUUCCGGACUAAGGAGAUAGUCGGCAUUGGCAGCUUCCCUCCAUGAAGACCACCUGCUUUUUCUCUCCUCGGCUUAACCAAGCUGUUUUGGUUUGUCUGUGUAGUGUUGUAUGUUCACUGUUAGCUGUCCUGCUAUUUAACACAAUGUUGUAUUUUUUUAAUGUACAUAACUAGAAAAUACAAUAACAAUAGGAAGCUAAGUGCAGCUUCUGUGUAAAGCAGUGGCUUGACUAGGCAAGUGAUGUGGCCUGCCUUUCCCUUUGGGUCAUGAUGAUAGAUGGUGUGAAAAUCAUCUAAGUUUGCUUUUGAUCAUCACCUCCCAAUAACAAUUUACUUUCAACAUCCAUUUCAGAGCAGGCAAGGUCUCUGUUGAAAAGAUAACGUGACCAAGAGGGAGAAACAUUUUCCUUCUGAAUCUACUUCCCUAAGUUGUUUUCCUUGUGUUUCAUUGAAUACAGUGAAGUUGAAUGAGAAUACAGAGGAAUAUUUGAGUCAUUCCGAUUUCAUUAAGUAGUUCCUUGGAUUAAAGCUGCAUUAACUUAGAAAGAACCCAGUUAGGCUAAAAGACAGAAACUGCACAAGUAACAAGACAGAAAAGCAAGUAACUAAGAAAAAAAAUCUACUAAAGUAAUUUGAUUUACAUUAUUUAAAUACUUUUGUUAAGUUUAUUUUGCUAGCCAAAGUGAACUGCCUUUUGUCUCUAAAAUGAUAUUCUAAAUAAAACAUUAACUUUUUGU